AUGGCUAAUCUUAGUGCUAGUGGUAGUUUCUGGAGGGGGACAGCAGGCUUUGGUUUCCACUUGCUCUCUAGUCGAUGGUUCACAAUCUUUGCUUCAAUCCUAAUAAUGUGUGUAAAUGGUGCAACAUACUUGUUUGGUGUAUACUCCAACGACGUCAAGUCUUCGUUAGGCUAUGAUCAGACGACGCUUAACCUAGUAAGCUUCUUCAAGGACUUGGGAGGCAACCUCGGAAUCAUAUCCGGGCUUAUCAAUGAAAUUACUCCACCUUGGGUGGUUCUGGCCAUCGGUGCAGUUAUGAACUUCUUCGGCUACUUCAUGAUAUGGUUAGCUGUCACUGACCGGACUGCAAAACCCCAUGUAUGGCAAAUGUGUUUGUACAUAUGGAUAGGAGCCGAUUCGCAGGCUUUUGCAAACACGGGCUCUCUGAUUACGUGCGUUAAGAAUUUCCCCGAGAGUCGAGGAAUUGUUUUAGGCCUUUUGAAAGGUUUUGUUGGUUUAAGUGGUGCUAUUAUGACGCAGUUAUACCAUGCCCUUCAUGGAAAUGAUACCAAGUCCCUUAUUUUGCUGAUCGCCUGGCUUCCAGCUGCUGUCUCAAUCGUGUUUCUACCAACAAUUCGACUCAUCAAGAAUGUUCGACUAAAGAAUGAGGUUGAUGUUUUCUAUAGCAUACUGUUUGUGUCACUUGGCCUUGCUGGUUUUCUUAUGAUCAUUAUUGUUAUUCAAAACAAGCUUACUUUUACUAGGAUUGAGUAUGUUGGAAGUGCUGUUUUCGUGCUUAUUCUUGUCUUUGUGCCACUUGCCAUAGUCGUCAAACAAGAAUUCUAUGCAUGGAAGAGCCAAAAACAAUUCAAAACAGUGAUUGAAAAUCCUCCUAGAAUUGAAUCAACACCAUUACCAGCAGAAUUGCAGCCUAUAUCAUCACCUUCUCGGGCUCGAGUAAAUCCUCAGAAGCCAGUCUCUUGCACGAAAGACAUAUUCAAUCCACCUGACCGAGGUGAGGACCAUACCAUACUUCAAGGACUUUUCAGCAUAGACAUGCUAAUCCUGUUCAUUGCAACAUCAUGUGGCAUACGAGGGACAUUAACAGCAAUAGACAAUUUAGGCCAAAUCGGAAAAUCUUUAGGCUACCCUACUAGAAGCAUUACAACGUUCGUGUCACUAGUGAGCAUAUGGAAUUAUCUUGGACGUGUUACAUCUGGCUUCGUCUCUGAAAUCUUCUUGACAAAGUACAAAUUCCCUCGACCCUUAAUGCUUACACUUGUCCUGCUCUUCUCGUGUGUUGGUCAUCUUCUAAUUGCCUUUUCCAUUCCAAAUUCUCUUUAUAUCGCCUCUGUGAUCAUCGGGUUCUGCUUUGGCGCGCAAUGGCCAUUACUUUUCGCGAUAAUAUCGGAAAUAUUUGGCCUCAAAUACUACUCUACACUGUUCCAAUUUGGAGCUGUUGCGAGCCCAGUUGGGGCAUAUGUUCUUAAUGUGAUUGUAGCUGGAAAGCUCUAUGAUAAAGAGGCACUGAGGCAAAUGGAAGCCAAAGGGCUUAUAAGGGAAGAAGGACAAGAUCUAACAUGUUCAGGAGGAGAGUGUUAUAGACUAUCUUUUAUUAUUAUUACAGCUGCUACAAUAUUUGGGUGCGUUGUUUCAUUAAUUCUGGUGUUCAGAACAAGAGAAUUUUACAAGGGAGAUAUAUACAGAAAGUUCAAGGAGGAGGUUAAGGCAAUUGAAACCGCGGCCCCGACCAGUACCACCAUUGCCAGUGAACCACUGGCAUGA